GCAUAGGCAUCUGCUAUUAUUACUAAUACGAUGUAAGCGUCAUGAUUAUUUAAACACAAUGAAUUGUUGAUAGGUCACUAGUUGAACAUGCCCACCCUGGAUAAUGCAUAUAUCAGGUGCGGGGUGAACCAUUAAGUCAUAGCUCCUUCAUCUUUCUAAACCCGCAAAAUACUGCUCUAUGUACCCUUAAAAUUUCAGAGCCACAAAGAACCACCUACGUACGAGGAGACCCAAUAUCCGGGAACAAUAUCCACAGGAGCAUAUAAUCCCUUUGCCAUCAUUCUCUCUGGUCAACCAUUAAAGGAUCGAGAAAUCACUUCAAUCAAUCAAAGAUGGAAGCAAAGAAAAAUUUACUCUGCGCUCAGCUGGCCGGUCGUGAAUCCCCAGCCCCUGAAAGCCAGACCGCUGAACAGCAAGAACCUUACUGCUGGGGUAGAAUGCCUGCCAGUUUGCAACAGCCGAAAGAGCCCAAAGCGGAGGAGAUUCUCAAGCCCUUUGUGUUGGAAAGUAACCCUGUUCAUCCCCUCGAGGGACCUUUGAUGGCACAAUAUGCGCGCGAUAAAUUGAGGCGUAUGUCGGAUUGACGGUGUUACGUGGUUGCCCUCGAGUCUUUCUUUCACUCCGUGAAGAGGGCUCGUUACGGUUGAUUCUUGGUAGGACGAUUACUUGAAAACAGCAAUCUGUGGGGAACUCUCAUUACGUUUUAUGACUUAAAAGCACGAGUGCAUAUGUUGGACUAAAUGUCAAAAUAAUUCAACUUCGCGAGAAAUCAUC